AUGUGUCGAACCGUGCACGCGCUAUUACAAACCGGAAUAUGCGGGAUUCAAAUGCUAGUGAGGGUCUUUAUGACCAUAAUCCUCAUGCUAGAGAAUCUAAUCAGAAUGAUCCUGCAGACACUGUACAACUUCAUAUCAUUCAUGCUACAGAUGAUAUCACUGAUACCUAUAUGCUUGGUGUUCUUGCUGACAUCGCGUUUGAAAUGCUUUAUGUGCGGUGGUGGGGGCGCCUGUCCAGUUGCAAGGGGUGGCACAUGUGACUGUCUCAUGUCUUUCGUCGCUAUUCUUAUAUUGUUCUUAAUCUUCCGUGCGACAGGAGUCCUCGAUAAGUUAUUUUAUCAUAUCGGUUACACGAAAUAUAGGCCGCAAGCUGUAAAGUUCGUGCCUACACCUGGAGAUAUCACUGAAUGCUCGCGAAAUGAGUCAGAAACGACGGCGACAUACGAAAUAACCACAACGGAGACGACGACCACCGAUACAACUGAAAUGAAACUGUACUACGAGGAAGAGACCACAACAGAUGCUUACUAUUGGUUUUAUUACACGUUACUUGGUCGCGACACAACGUUAUCAACAACGAAUGGUACAACUGAAAGAACGACCAAGCAGCGUUUGCGAGCAGGUGCUCAUCGUCGCUUUCGUAGGCCAACAAAAACUAGGAGUACAAAGAAGUGGACUACUGUGUUAUACUACUUGGUAUGA